GCCUGCGCGCCGCGGGCUGACCAAGCCGAGCUUGCCCGGCGGAGCCGGCGCUUGGUCCCGCGGCCGUAGCCGCGUCUUCUCUUGGCUCCGCUACCAGCCGGGGCUCGGGCCCGGGCCCGGGCCCCCGGGACAUGGCCCUCCGGAGUGCGCAGGGUGACGGCCCCACCUCCAGCUGCUGGGACGGCGGCGCGGAGAAGGCAGACUUUAAUGCCAAAAGGAAAAAGAAAGUGGCAGAGAUAUACCAGGCUCUGAACAGUGAUCCAGCUGAUGUGGCUGCCCUUAGACGCAUGGCUAUCAGUGAAGGGGGGCUCCUGACUGACGAGAUCAGGCGGAAAGUGUGGCCCAAGCUUCUCAAUGUCAAUACCAAUGAUCCACCUCCUAUAUCAGGGAAGGACCUACGACAGAUAAGCAAGGACUACCAACAAGUGCUGCUGGAUGUCAGGCGGUCUUUACGGCGGUUCCCUCCUGGCAUGCCAGAAGAACAGAGAGAAGGGCUCCAGGAAGAACUGAUUGACAUCAUCCUCCUCAUCUUGGAGCGCAACCCUCAGCUGCACUAUUACCAGGGCUACCAUGACAUCGUGGUCACAUUUCUGCUGGUGGUAGGCGAGAGGCUGGCGACAUCCCUGGUAGAAAAAUUAUCUACCCACCACCUCAGGGAUUUCAUGGAUCCAACAAUGGACAACACCAAGCAUAUAUUAAACUAUCUGAUGCCCAUCAUUGACCAGGUGAAUCCAGAACUCCAUGACUUCAUGCAGAGUGCCGAGGUGGGGACCAUCUUUGCCCUCAGCUGGCUCAUCACCUGGUUUGGACACGUCCUGUCUGACUUCAGGCAUGUUGUGCGGUUAUAUGACUUCUUCCUGGCCUGCCACCCGCUGAUGCCCAUUUACUUUGCAGCUGUGAUCGUGUUGUAUCGAGAGCAGGAAGUCCUGGAUUGUGACUGUGACAUGGCCUCGGUCCACCACCUGCUGUCCCAGAUCCCUCAGGACCUGCCCUAUGAGACGCUGAUCAGCAGAGCAGGGGACCUCUUUGUUCAGUUUCCCCCGUCCGAACUUGCUCGGGAGGCAGCUGCCCAGCAGCGAGCAGAGAAAACGGCAGCCUCUACCUUCAAAGACUUUGAGCUGGCAUCAGCCCAGCAGAGGCCUGACAUGGUGCUGCGGCAGCGGUUUCGGGGACUUCUGCGGACUGAGGAUCGAACAAAAGAUGUCCUGACCAAACCAAGGACCAACCGCUUUGUGAAGCUGGCAGUGAUGGGGCUGACAGUGGCACUUGGAGCGGCCGCUCUGGCUGUAGUGAAAAGUGCCCUGGAGUGGGCCCCGAAGUUUCAACUGCAGCUGUUUCCAUAAAAGCCAGAGAAGACACUUCCUCUUACGUGAAAUCAAGGUCUCACCCUUCCAUGGAUGGAUUGGGAGGGGGUGGAAUUUCCUUUAUUAAAAGGGUUUCUGUCAAGGGUUUUCUAUUCCUGCCACCCUUCCCUCCCGUCCAUGGUUGCCUUUGCUUCAGAGGCCAGUAGCAGAGCCUGCCUGACACCGGGCACAUGGGGGCCUGAGCAUGGAACUCUUUCUCCCUCACAGUGGGCUUCUGAGUGGGCUCUCCACUGCCUCCUCUCGUGUUGGAGGAAGUGGGUUUCUGGAGCUCCCAGCUGCUUUUGGACUGGAACUGGUCACUGGGGGAUGUCUUGGCUGCUCAAUAGUAAAUAAGCUGGACCUCUGAAUGCCUCCUGGUGGCUCCUCCCAUUCUGUCUGCUUUACCCGGACAAAGAAGGAUGGAGCUGCUGCUAAAGAAGUCAGAGGUUGGAAUGAAGGUGAAGGGGCAGAGGAGGCUAGCCCGGAGGCAAGGUUGGCCCCUUUUAAGAAUAGCUCCAGUAGUUGGUCAGAAAUCUGAGAGACACAUGUGAACUAGGUUACCAGGUAAAUCCUACCUAUUUUCAGCCUAGAAGUCACUUGGGCAUUUCCAGACAAAUAGGAAGGAAUGUUAAGUUUUAGGGUUCAGACAGACUGGGUUUUGCCUGCUUUUUUUUUCCCUCCCUAUUCUCUCCCACAAGCCACAUGAGAUGCUUAUUAAAAAGACACUUUUACUACUAUUUUUAGAAUUACAUACAUCCAACAUGUAAAGUACCCUCAUUUUAAAAUAAGAGUUCCUUCAUGGGAAAAAAAAAUAGUUCUCAUCAGAAGGAUGAGUUUCUAAAACGCUGACGUUUCCUUUUUACUCAAUUAUUUAACAUUUUACUUUAGCCAGAGUUGCUAUUUGUACACGUCCAAAGUGCCCACUUCUUGUCCAGCUUCCCUUCCUUCCUUCCUUCCUAUUUUCUUCACAUCACCCUUCUCCUCCCAAAUUGGCCCCCACUCACCACCUUGGCUUUGUUUUUUGGGUUGGAUUUCUCUCCUCAACUGCUGGUCUCUCCUUCCUGGUUGGAAAUGUCACUGGGAACUUGUCAGCACCCAGAAAGGGACAAACUGAGGAGUGGUAGGAGCGUGGGACGGUAAGCUCCCUGUCCCAGGCUUCCUGAGGACUCUCUAGGCCUUAGGGAACAAGAUGGAUCAUUCAGUUCUUCUGGUACAGCUUUCCUGUAAGUGAAGCCAGGUUUGUUUUAGAUUAACUGUGGCUUGAGAAAAAAGUGCCUUUUGCUGCUUUGAAGAAUUGGAGUGUAUAAUAUGAAGCAGCCAUGUACUUUUAUUUUCCUGGUCUGUCGCGGGCACUGUUCUCUCUUGGCAGGUCUUUUCUUAAAGUAAACAUGCCAGAAGCACUCCACCACACCCAGAACCCACAUCCUUUCCAAAUGCCCACGGUGUGCCCAGUGCAGGGCAUUUGACGUGCCAAGUGCCCGCAAGCCCAGAGCAGUUAGGAGAGGCGUCUGUCUACGCUGAGUUACACGAAGCACUUUACAGCCAAGAAAAGCUCAAAGUGGUGGGUCAGACUCCAUAGCAGGAGUCUCACCCGGGGUGAGUGUGAUGUGGUUGGAUUAAUCUAGAAAGUGGUAGAUUCAUCAAGACAAAGGAAAUUCUUCCAGGAUCCCGAUGAUGUGACAGAUCUUCCCAGUCUUCCCCCACAACAAGUUUGUCCUCUUGUCAUCUUCACAAAUGGACAGCAAAGGCCCCUCCUGCCACAGGCUAUCAGGCCUUUCUGUAAAUAGUGAAGGAAUUGAUGGGGAAGAGGAAAGGAGGUGCAUGUGAUCAGGGUCCCCAGGCCAUGGCUUUUUGGAUCCCAGGAAGCAGGUGGCACUUGCUUCUGUUGUGGCCUAGGAAGGAGAAAGUUCAUUUCUUUUACCGCUUUGCUGACGUCAGGAUUCUCGCCAGUGAGAAGAAAGCAUUAUCUUUUUACCUUCAGGUGGUUUACUAUUCUGUAAAGAAUAUGUGUAAAUAUUUUGUACAGAGCCCUGUAUGAAAUAAACAGCCAUAUGUGGUUA